AUGGCAGACACAACCCACCCCUCCCGCCGCCCCCACAAGCGCCGCAAGCCCGGCGCCCCCCACACCACCAAGCUGACGACCCCCACCACCGCCGCCACCUCCAUCCACACGCUCAAAAAGAAGAUCCGCGACCUGACACGCUUCCUCGCCAAGAAGACGACGCUCCCCGCCGACGUGCGCCUCGACAGCGAGCGCGCGCUCGACGCCUUCACGCACGAGCUGGCCGCGGCGAAGGUGGCUGCGCGCGAGGGGAAGAUGGUCGAGAAGUACCGGAUGGUGCGCUUUUUCGAGCGUAAAAAGGCCUCAAGGAAGCUGGCGCGGCUGGUGAGGCGCCGGCGGGACUCGAGUGAGAGCGAUGAGGCGCUGGAGAAGGCGAUACAUGAGGCGGAGGUGGAGGUCAACUAUACGGUGUUUUAUCCGCGGGGGGAGAAGUAUAUUUCGCUGUUUCGGGACGCGACGGGAGACCCGAAGGUUGUGGAGAAGAGGGAGGUGAUUAAGAGGGGGAUUGAGAGGCAGAUGGAGAUGGGGACGCUGGGGAGUCGGGAGGAGGCGGAGGAGGAGGAGAUGGAGGGUGUGAAGAAGGAGAAGGUCGGGGGGAAGAGGAAGAGGGAGGCGGUGGAUGAGGAGGAGAAGGAGGAGGAGGUGGUGGAGGAGGAUGACUUUUUUGAGUUUAGUUAG